UGUAGGGUGACCUCUUCUUGAUUUGUUUAACUUGAUGUCAUGUAUUGGUGCGAGCACAAGGCCGUCAAUUUGGGCAGGACUACUUUUCAGGAAACGAGUCCUAGGGAAGGAAGUGAAGAUUAGGUGCCCUUAACUACCACUGCCAUCAUCAUUUUCUCGCACAGAAUGGAAGGGACUAUAUAUAAGAACCAUGGGAAUACAAGGGCUGGGAAACAUAUCAUUCCACACGUACCUUCCUUUUUCUGCUCGCUUUCGGCCUCCUCUUGAGGUCGUCAAUGAGGUUCCUAUGGAUGGUGUUCGCCCUGUCCUGCGCGGCCCUCGUCGCAGGCUUACCCUUCAAGAAAAGGGCAUCCGUCUGCAAUGGCCAUGCAGAGCUCUGUUCACGAAGCUAUGCGAACGUCACCUUCAUCGGCGCACACGAUUCAUUCGCUUUCAGUGAUAAUUCGCUCGCAGUUUCUAGGGAUCAGCGCCUUAAUAUCAGCGAACAGCUUGAUCUGGGUGUAAGGCUUCUACAGGCUCAGUCUCACGUCGAAGACGAUGAGCUACAUUUCUGUCAUACGAGCUGCAAACUAUUCGACGGUGGACCAGUUCUUCACUACCUGAAGACUGUGAAGACCUUUCUCGAUACGCACCCUAACGAAGUUCUUACUCUCCUUUUCACCAACCCCGAAGGUCAGCCAGUAGAUGCGGUUUGGAAACCUCUCUUUGAUCAGGCUGGUCUUACAACGAUGGCAUUCGUACCCGAUCAUGUACCUCUGAAGUACUCCGAAUGGCCUACCUUGGGACAGAUGAUCAACACCGGCAAACGACUAGUCGUUUUCCUGGACUCCGGCGCAAAUACUACCGCUGUUGACUUUAUCCUCCCGGAAUUCCAGAUGGUCUGGGAAACCCCAUUCAGCGUGACGAACUCGAGUUUUCCUUGUUCGAUCGAUCGGAUACAAGGUCCUCUGCCUUCCGAAGACCAUCUGUACAUGAUCAAUCAUUCGCUGAACAAGAAUUAUUUCCCGAUUGGACCUGGGAUUAUCGUCAGCGAUCCUGUGGAUGCGAAUAUAACGAAUAGUGUCCUAUCGUAUGUUGUUACCUAUCCUUUUCCUCUUUCUUUCGUUCCUUCCCUCGUACUGAUAUCUCCAAUAGAAUCAUGGAGAACGUCCGAGGAUGCGCACCUCUAGCUAACAAACGCAACCCGAAUUUCAUACUUUUGGAUUUCGUGGGAGAUGGGGAGGCGAUUGAAGCUAUGGAAGUGUUGAAUGGGUUUCAGUGCGUCGUUUUUUCUUUUUCAUUUCUCUGUUCCGAAUCUCCGAAAGGCGGCCUUCUGAUGGGUGAUUUACAUCGGUUCCACCUUCUUCUAGGUCACUGGAUCCCCCUGCUGCGAAUUCACCUGUAAAUGCCAAUUCGGGUGUUAGGCUGGACAUGGAGGGAGGAAGGUUUGGAGGUUUGGAAAUGUUUUUACUACUUAUCGUUCCGGUGGUCGUCGAGAUGUUCUACGUUUGAUGGUAGAGUGUUAUGACCCGUUUUACGACUCUCACUUUAUGACAUUACGAAACCUUAAUAGUUACCCAGCUUUAUUGUUGUAUACCAUAUCUUGUACUGUUAGUUUAGCCAUACCCUCGGCCGCUCAAUGUACGCGUCUCGUAAGUAGCAUCUCGGGUACCGGA